GCUCGAGGGGAGUACUUGACUCACAUACAAGUGGCCUCAUGGGCCACCUGCGGAGACCACAUGGGUUGAAGAGGUUGGGGAGAAGGUACAUGAAGUUGCAAAUGUUGCAUAAUCUUGUUGACACUCGCUGUCAGGGAAUCAAGGCUUGCUGUCAACUAAUCGACCUUGCGGUCGAUGGCAGAGCAUUGAUUCUCUACAGCGAGAAUCCGCUGAUCCAGUUAGAAAAGUUGAAGAGGUUGGGGAGAAGGUACAUGAAGUUGCAAAUGUUGCAUAAUCUUGUUGACACUCGCUGUCAGGGAAUCAAGGCUUGCUGUCAACUAAUCGACCUUGCGGUCGAUGGCAGAGCAUUGAUUCUCUACAGCGAGAAUCCGCUGAUCCAGUUAGAAAAAGUAGAGACCAGGGGUGGUGUUAGCACCACUUCCUACACGGAGCAGGAGGAGGAGGCUGCGAGGAGCUUGGCCGAGCAGAAGGCCAAGAAGGAGAAGAAGGAGGUAGUAAAGCAGGCCAAGAAGUUGGCCUUAUUGCAGGAGCAGGCCGCGAAAAGGAAAAAGUUGGAGGAGGAGUUAGAAAGGGUGAAAAAGGAGGAGGAAGAAAAGUUGAAAGCAGUGGAGGCAGAAGAAGAAGAAGAAGAGAAAAAGGCAGAAGAAGUUCCCGUGAUCAGAAAGAGAGGGGAGUCCAGUGGCACGAAGAAGGAGGAGGACCCGUGGUUGGAAAAGAAGGUGUCUGAGUGGGUCGCUAAUCUAUCCCUGGGAAAGGAUGAGGAGGCAAUGAUGUAUGUGCCAAGGGCAAAACACGAGGUGGUAGUAAAAGAGUGGGAAGCAAAAAAAGACCCCUUAAAACGCCAGAAUAUAGAAGAAGAGAAGAAGCUGGAGUGAAAGUUGCGCUUGACCAGGGAGAAGAAGAAGAGAAUGGAGGAGGCAAGUAAGGCAGCAAAAGAAUUGGAGGUGGUGAAGCAGCUAAGGGCGCAGAUGGAAGUGCAGACGGACCUGCAGGGGAAGAUGGAUGCAAUGGCCAGGAAUAUACAACUCAUAGCUAGGGCCCAAGAAGAGCAAUAUCAAUUUGCAUGGGCCUAGGAUGUAGCUUUGCGGUCCAUACGCGUAGGGCUCAGGGAGUGUGCACGAGAAAUGAUGAUGCACGUGGGCACAAAAGUACAGGCCAGGAUGAAGAGCACAGAGCGAUUCUGCACUGGUGCCAUAGAAGGCGCCAAGCUAGUAGCUCUAAGGGAGGAGGAAGCACGUCCCCAUAGGGAUCCAGUAAAGGUUAAGUUCCCUG